AUGGACUAUUCUUCCAUCUCCAACGAUCCAGAACACUCCACCGGUGCCUCACCCUGGGGUUCUCCGCGCGCCGACCGAACGACGUUCCCCACCUCCAGCAACGGCGACAUCCCGUCAUCCCCGUUACCCGCCCAAGAUCGCUCAUCGGAGACUGCGGAAAGAGACAAUGAUGCUGUAGCUCAGGCAGCCUAUCUGUCAGCGCAGCUGCAGAGUGCUCAAUUAGGUGACCCGGACUACAUCGAGGAACCGUCUCCGUUUGCUGCGCAUCAGUCUCCAAAUGCCGACCAGCAGCGACAACAACUCCCCGCACGCUACCAGACGGAAGUACGACAAACAUCUCGCCCACCGGCGCCUGUGUAUAAGAUUCAAGCCAAGAUCACGGGUCUUGAGAGAAGCGGAAAAAAGGAUCCUAUCCUUCGCUUUGAUGUUCACACUAAUAUCCCCAAAUUUCGUACCACCCAAUACCGCGAUGUUCGCCGUACUCACUCCGAGUUCGUUAAGCUUGCCGACCACUUGCUCUCGGCCAAUCCGGAAGCUCUCGUCCCCGCAGUUCCGCCCCCAGUUACUCCAGCAGGUGCUGGAACCGACGAAGAUGAAGUUCGCGUCAAGGCUUCAAUGCAACGCUGGCUCAACACUGUGCUGGGCAAUGAGGUUCUUAUUCAGGAUGACGAGGUUAUGCUCUUUGUGGAAAGCGACUUCGGUUACAGUCCCGUGCUUCGCAUGAAGCAGCCCGCCACGGGAGUGCGACGCAAGAUGUUGAAGCAGUUUGCGCCUCCACCUGACGACACCCCUGAACUGCAGGCGGCUCGUCCAACCGUGAAGAUGUUCUACUUGGCUGCAAUGGACUCGAGCCACAAGGUUGACCGAGUUGUCAAGUCCCGCAGAGGCGUGGGAUUGUCCGAGUCUGAUUUCGGUGUGAAACUCGGCCAGAUGGCAGUGCAAGAACCUCAUCCUGGCUUGGGUCUGGCUUAUCGCAAGCUUGGCAAAGUUAUUCAGACUGUGGGUGACUAUCAUGCUAUCCAGGCUACCGCAGAAGCCACAACUCUUGGUGAACCCUUGAGUUAUCAUUCGUCCGACGCGUUUAUCGUCAAGGAAACCCUGACAAACCGACAUAUCUUGCUGCGAGAGCUCCUCCAGGCUCAACAGAGCGCUCGAAGCAAACGUGCCGCCGCAGACCGAUUGAAGGUCAGCUCGUCGGUCCGCCCGGACAAGGUGGACGAGGCGAUCAAUGCUCUUGAAGAAGCACAGAACCACGAAGACUACCUGACAAAACGCACUCAGCGCGUGACAACAAAUCUUCUCCAGGAGAAGCGGAAGUGGUUCGACCGCACUACCAACGAGCUGCUUUUCAGCCUGCGCGAGUACACCUUGCGUCAGAUUGAAGCAGAGCGACGCACCUUGGCGACACUGGAGAGUGUCCGACCCGACAUCCGUAGCAUCGACGCCUCUGGUGGCCUGAGCCGACUGGGUCGUGAAGCCCACCCUGCGGUCCGACGAUCGAACUUGGCAUCAAGCCAGGGUCCUAAAGGUGACGCCUGGAGUGGUAUUCCCCGUCGUUCAGACAACUUGGGUCGCAGUAUGAGCGGCAGCUUCACCGCUCCCGGCCUCAAUGACGAUGAGGGCGACGAGGAAAGCCAGGCAGAGUCUGGGCAGAGCCGCGCCCGUGCCACUAGCCAGGUUGGGUCGAUUGCGGAGGAAGAUGACGACCGACUGGAUGCGCGCAAUGCGGCCAGUCGGUUGGCUGCCAGCACAUUUUGA